ACAAAGGAGUUGUGAGAGAAGCUUGAAGAGUUGUACCAAACCAAAACUAUUUCAAAUAGGCUAUAUUUGAAGGAGCAAUUUCAUAAAUUGCAAAUGGACGAAAGGACAACUAUUUCUGAUCAUGUGAGUGUCCUGAAUAGGAUUGUUUCUGAAUUGGAAUUUAUUGGAGUGGAAAUUGAUGAUGAAGAUAAGGCACUUCAACUCAUCUGGUCUCUUCCAACUUCCUACAAGCAUAUGCAACCCAUUUUGAUGUAUGGGAAGGAAAUUGUGAUCUUCACAGAAGUUGUUGCUCCUACAGAGGAACAAGCGAGGAACCCAAUCCUUGAAAAUCUUCGUGGAUUGAACUUGAAUCUCCCACCUGCCACCAGAAACCCAAUAACUCCUGAAAUGAUUGUUGUGAAUCAAGAACCAAUUGUUGGAGACAACUACAUAGAACUUGAUGUGAAGGGGGGAACCAGUAACCUUGUGCCUGUUGUGCCUUGGAUGGACUACGCCAGUGGGAAGGACUGCCCGUUUGACUACACUGUGGAUUUUGCUUCGUUGUUGUGGUAUUUGGGUGAUCGCCGGCUGGACAGUGAUAGGAUUUGCCUCAACACCAUGGAUUUGCUGCUGCCAUUGAUGUCAAGGGCUGUUCUUGGUUGCUGUUUCCAGCAUGUUGAUGUUGCUACUGUUCAUGGCAGUCCAUUGCCGCAGAUGCCUACACGAGUUGGGGCCAAAGGGCCCACUACCCCAAAGAUCAUUUGGGAUGAAUAUGAUGACGAGGACUAUAAUCCCAUUUGGGAUGACGAACUUGUCAAAGAGAAGGAAGAAGUGUUUGAAGACGCAGAGGAUAACCCGUUUUGGGUUGCACAGAUACAAGAAGAAGAGCAAGAUGUGAAGGCCCACGAGGAAGUCAUCACUCCUGACGCGGAAACAUCCACUGGAGACCCAUCUUCAUUAACGGUACCUUGUACCAAACGUGUUGAGUUUUUGCAGCCGCCGAUCCCGCUGGAAGCUUUGCCGGGUUUCCGAACAUACGCCUCAAGUCUGGUGUCACUGGACUCUGUUCUCACCUCAUCCAACCUGCCGGUUUCUCUUGCUUGGAGCACUCCACGGAAACUAAGGAUGGAUAUGUUCUUGGGCUACAACGGGUUGGGUCCAGAUCAGGAAUUGUCAAGGGCGAAUUGGGUCCCCCCCGUUCUUCUCCUUCACGGGCUUUUUAUGGCAGGAGAUUCAUGGUUUCUGAAUUCUGCCAACCAAUCAUUGGGAUUUAUACUUGCUGAUCAUGGAUUUGAUGUUUGGGUUGGAAAUGUGCGAGGAACUCGCUGGAGCCAUGGACAUGUAUCUCUAACUGAGAAAGAUAAGGAUUUCUGGGACUGGAGCUGGCAAGAGUUGGCUCUUUACGAUCUAGCAGAGAUGACACGCUAUGUAUAUUCAAUCACCAACUCAAAGGUUUCCAUUGUGGGGCACUCUCAGGGCACAAUAAUUUCUCUGGCUGCUUUAACCCAGCCAAAUAUAGUAGAAAUGGUUGAAGCUGCAGCACUCCUUUGCCCUAUUUCGUAUUUGGAUCAUAUAACAUCCACUUUUGUCCUUAGAAUGGUCAAGAUGUAUCUUGAUGAGGUAUUUGGAUGACUCCAUGAUAUUAGUGCUGGUGAUGAGGACUCAGUGUAGAAUUUAUCAUGCUAAACAUGUUUCUCUUUGAACAGGUGAUUCUUGUGUUGG